AUGCGUGAGAUUAUUUCUAUUCACUUGGGUCAAGGCGGUAUUCAAACAGGCAAUGCCUGUUGGGAACUUUAUUGUCUAGAGCAUGGUAUUCAACCGGAUGGUACAAUGCCAAGUGAUAGUUCUAUUGGUAGUGGAGAUGAUUCAUUUUCAACGUUUUUCUCCGAGACAGGCUCAGGUAAACACGUACCUCGUGCUGUCUUUGUGGACCUUGAAGCGACCGUAUGUGAUGAAGUACGUACCGGUACAUACCGUCAGUUGUACCACCCCGAGCAAAUUAUCUCGGGGAAAGAGGAUGCUGCUAAUAAUUACGCACGAGGACAUUACACGAUUGGCAAGGAAUAUGUCGAUGUGGUACUAGAUCGUGUGCGUAAGCUUGCAGAUGCCUGUACUGGUCUCCAGGGCUUUAUGGUAUUCAAUGCUGUUGGUGGAGGUACGGGUUCAGGUCUUGGCUCACUGCUGCUCGAGCGUUUAUCGGUCGACUAUGGUCGUAAGAGUAAAUUGGGCUUUACUAUCUACCCGUCGCCAUUGGUGUCGUCAGCUGUGGUGGAGCCAUACAACUCGGUCCUGUCUACACACUCACUCCUUGAGCACACGGAUGUGGCUAUUAUGCUGGACAAUGAAGCUAUCUACGACAUUUGCCGUCGUUCACUGGACAUUGAACGUCCGACAUACAACAACUUGAAUCGGUUGAUCGCUCAGGUGAUCUCAUCUCUGACUACGUCGCUGCGCUUCGAUGGCUCACUGAACGUGGAUAUUAACGAGUUUCAGACCAAUUUAGUGCCGUACCCGCGCAUCCAUUUCAUGCUCAGCUCGUACGCGCCCGUGAUUUCUGCUGAGAAAGCUUAUCACGAACAGCUGUCGGUAGCUGAGAUUACCAAUAGUGCAUUUGAGCCAACCUCUAUGAUGGCCAAGUGUGAUCCACGCCACGGCAAGUACAUGGCCACAUGUCUCAUGUACCGAGGUGACGUUGUUCCGAAGGACGUGAACGCUGCGGUUGCCACGAUCAAGACCAAGCGUACGAUCCAGUUUGUGGACUGGUGUCCGACGGGCUUCAAGUGCGGCAUUAACUAUCAGCCGCCAUCGGUAGUGCCGGGUGGCGAUCUUGCUCGCGUGCAGCGUGCCGUAUGCAUGAUCUCGAACACGAGCGCUAUUGCUGAGGUGUUUUCUCGCAUCGAUCACAAGUUUGAUCUGAUGUACGCAAAGCGUGCGUUCGUGCACUGGUUUGUUGGUGAGGGCAUGGAAGAAGGCGAGUUUUCGGAGGCUCGUGAGGAUCUUGCUGCUCUGGAGAAAGACUAUGAGGAAGUAUCGGCUGAGACUGCUGAAGGUGACGAGGAGGAGUUUGGUGAAGAGUACUAA